CCGAGAGCUAAGGUGGCUGCAAAGGGGAGAGCGGCGGGAGCCAAGUGGGGGAGGGUGAAGGAAACCCGGGAGAAGGCUUUCUCCAGCCCCCAAAGUUUUGAUGAUGACCAUGACUACGAUGGCUGACGGCUUGGAAGGCCAGGACUCGUCCAAAUCCGCCUUCAUGGAGUUCGGGCAGCAGCAACAGCAGCAACAGCAGCAGCAGCAGCAGCAGCAACAACAGCAGCAGCAACAGCAGCAGCAGCAGCAGCAGCAGCCGCCGCCGCCGCCGCCGCCGCCGCCGCCGCCGCAGCCGCACACUCAGCAGACCUCCCCGGCCAUGGCAGGCGCGCACUACCCUCUGCACUGCCUGCACUCGGCCGCGGCGGCGGCGGCGGCGGCCGGUUCCCACCACCACCACCACCAGCACCACCACCACGGCUCGCCCUACGCGUCGGGCGGAGGCAACUCCUACAACCACCGCUCGCUCGCCGCCUACCCCUACAUGAGCCACUCGCAGCACAGCCCUUACCUCCAGUCGUACCACAACAGCAGCGCGGCCGCCCAGACGCGCGGGGACGACGCAGAUCAACAAAAAACUACAGUGAUUGAAAACGGGGAAAUCAGGUUCAACGGAAAGGGGAAAAAGAUUCGGAAGCCUCGGACCAUUUAUUCCAGCCUGCAGCUCCAGGCUUUAAACCAUCGCUUUCAGCAGACUCAAUACCUGGCCCUUCCCGAGAGAGCCGAACUGGCUGCUUCCUUAGGACUGACACAAACACAGGUGAAGAUAUGGUUUCAGAAUAAGCGCUCUAAGUUUAAGAAAUUGCUGAAACAGGGCAGCAACCCACAUGAAAGUGACCCCCUCCCGGGUUCAGCAGCCCUGUCACCGCGCUCACCAGCCCUGCCUCCAGUGUGGGACGUUUCUGCCUCUGCCAAGGGCGUCAGUAUGCCCCCCAACAGCUACAUGCCUGGCUAUUCGCACUGGUAUUCCUCACCACACCAGGACACCAUGCAGAGACCACAGAUGAUGUGACUUGUCUGAGGAAACAAUCUAGGGGAGCUUCUGAAGGAGGCAAGGAGGAUCCAGGACUGCAUCUGCCAAAAGGCCUAAGCAAUGAGCUCAGAGGAACUGUCCCUGUGAUCUGGACCUCUUCCCUCCUACCCCUCUCUCUCUGUCUCUCUCUCUCUCCUUUCCCAUUUCUCUCUUCUCUCCUCUUUUCCUCUAUUUCCUUUCUCUCUUCCUCCUCUUCUUUUCUUGUUUUACAUCCCUUUUAAUCUUGCUUCUUUCUUAUCUUUAUUCCCUCUCCUCCCACCUUUCUUUUUUCUUCUUCUUCCCUUCCUUUCUCCAAUCUCCUGUCUUCAGUAACCUUAAUAAGCAACAUUGUAUCACACACACACAUACCAGAGAGAGAGAGAGAGAGAGAGAGAGAGAGAGAGAGAGAGAGAAAGGGAGAGAGAGAGAGAGAGAGGUUGGCCUACAUGCCAGUGUUCUGGCAACCCAUCACUGUAAGGAUAUUUUCCCUCACACCGUGGGAUCCAGGCCCAGAGCCUCCUCUUUGGGAUUCUCCAUCCAAAUAACUUUUUUAAAACAGAUAAUCUUCACCGGCAGAAGAAUCUGCAAACAUGGCAGCAUUUUUGCUUAUUUAAUGAGUUUAAGACAUUACGUGAUAAAAGGCAAGGAUUUUGGACUCCGGAAUUUUUGUUUACCAAUCCAUGACGGAAAGAAGGAGUAGAAGGAAGAGGAGGAGGAGGAAGAGGAAGAGGAGGAGAGAAGGAACACCUCCUCAAUAUCCCUUCUCCAAAGAAAGAAGACAAUUUGGCUGUAAAAGUAAAACAUUGCCACAAAGGAAACACUGCAUGUCUUAUCAAAAUGCAAUGACCAGGAAUGAUGACUCAACUAAAUACAAACAGUAACAGCAACAAAUGCUUUUUGCAUAACCCACCUCCAAACUCUGAACUGGAACCAAGAAAGACCAAGGAAACAACCAAAAUCACCAUUCUAUUGCUUUGACACCUUUCCUAGGUGAAUAGUGGCAUUCACUAAGCUAAUAGGGACGUUUAUAUCAAGAAACAUUUCUGUAUAUAUUGUUGAAUUUUAGUUGUAUAUAUACUUUGUAUGUUUUUGUCUUCUUUCAUAUAUGGAGUAAAAGCCAAAAAAUGUUGGG